AUGCCGAAUAUCUCCUGCUUCAAUGAACCGGAGAAUGAUGGUGGUCUAUCUCAAACUCAAAAGGAUGGUUUGAGAGAUUCAAGGAAGAGAGACAAGAAGGCUCUCUGUCUAAUCUAUCAAGGAUUAGAUGAAGAUACAUUUGAGAAGGUUGCUGGUGCAAGGACGUCCAAAGAAGCAUGGGAGAAGCUUCAAACAUCUUACAAGGGAGCGGAACAAGUUAAGAAGGAAGGAGAACUCAUCUCAGAUUACUUCUCAAGAGUCUUGACGGUUACUAAUAACGUAAAGAGAAAUGGUGAGAAGUUAGAUGAUGUGAGAAUCAUGGAGAAAGUUCUUAGAUCAUUGGAUUCGAAAUUCGAACACAUUGUUACCGUGAUUGAAGAGACAAAAGACUUGGAGACUAUGACAAUGGAGCAACUUCUUGGAUCACUACAAGCUUAUGAAGAAAAGAAGAAGAAGAAAGAAGAUAUUGUGGAGCAAGUUCUCAAGAUGAGAAUUGAUCACAAGGAAGAAAGUGGUCGAAGCAAUCUAAGACGUGGUGGCGGUCAUUUCCGAGGACGAGGCCGUGGUGUAAAUGGACGAGGUUGGAGACCAUAUGAAGACAACUUCAACCAAAUAGGAGAGAACUCAUCAAGAGGUCGUGGAAGAGGAAACACAAAAUCAAGGUACGCAAAAUCAAGCAUCAAAUGCUAUAGUUGUGGGAAAUUUGGGCAUUAUGCUUCUGAGUGCAAAACUCCAAACAACAAUAGAGUUGAAGAGAAGUCCAACUAUGUUGAAGAAAGGAGUAAAGAAGAAUAUAUGCUAUUGAUGGCUUACAAGAGGAUGUGA